AUGACAUUCCUGCAUUCAAAAACAUCCGCCAAAACCCUCCACGCAGGGCCCGGAAAAAUGGAGGAGGCCGGUGCCGGCGAGGAGAUGGUGUGGGCCCUCUCCCCGGAAGCCCGACCCGUUGUUUCCUCGACCCGCUGGUGGGAAGGCAGCUCCCUGGCCGACAGAACGCGAAACCGGCUGCGCGCCACCCUCCUGCUCCCACGCUCCCGGGCCCUCCGCUCCGGCCUCAGCAGCCGCCAGCGUCGGGCCGAGGCCGUUGCCAGGGAGACGGGACUUGCAGUCCAAAGAGGGGCUCGGCCCCUUCCGCGCCCCACGCAUCUUCGCCGCCCGGCCCUCGCAGCCCUUCGGCCAGCGGAGGGACAGAGGGGCGAAGGGGCAGAGGGGCUGCGGGGGGCCCUCCAACCCACCUGCGGGCCAGGGCAGCGACACCGGGGGGACAAAGACACCCGGAACCACCACAGCCGCUGCUGCCGCCGCCACCGGAAGCGCCUCUCCGGAAGCGCGACCACUGGUCGGAAGCUGCCACUCUCCCGGAUAUGGUCCCUCCCUCGUCUCCGCCGACCUCUCCCUUCCCCCACGCCGGCCUGCCAUCCCGCGGCAACUGGGGAGAGGAAGUGCGCCUUCCCGGAUCGGAUGCGCGUCAGGAAGUCGCGCCUUGGUAGUGUCCUCGCUAAAGAAUCCCAUCAGAAAAGAAGGCUUCGGAUCAUUGGUUCCGAGCUCAAAGAAAGCGGGAGCCAGGCCCCCCAAACACGAGACCCCCCCCGACUGCCUACUACGCCCGCCUCCCUCUGGCAGUCGAGACUGCAACAGAUAAGGAAACCAGCCCCGUCCUGACUGGAAGAGAAGGAUGCCUAUCAGUGGCCAUUUCUAAGAGACAUUCGUUUGUCUGACUCAAGCCAGUGACCCCCAUGCCUAGUCAGGAAUCAGUGCCCUAAUUCUCAAAUACGAAAUCUAAGAGGCCUCAAUGAAAUGACCCGCUCAAAAUCUUGCCAGGAGACUGGCCAUUUUAGUCCCCAUUAGCAAUCCCAGCACCCCCUUAUCCUCCGACCUCCCCAUC